AUGCUGUGGACUGCAGAGCAGGAAGAGAUAGCCAAGAGCAAGGCCCCGGGGGAGGCUCUAACAUGGGAUGAUCUUUACAAGAUGAAGUAUACGUGGCGAGUUGCACUGGAGAUACUAAGGAUGAUCCCUCCACUGUUUGGGAACUUUCGAAGAGCUCUGAGAGAUGUUGAGUUUGAUGGGUACCUCAUACCAAAAGGGUGGCAGGUGUUCUGGGCAUCAAGCAUAACACAUAUGGACACUAAGAUUUUCCAAGAACCAUGUAAAUUUGAUCCAACACGAUUUGAGAACCAAUCAUCAAUUCCACCUUACUGCUUUGUGGCAUUUGGAAGCGGGCCACGAAUUUGCCCCGGCAGUGAGUUUGCAAGAAUAGAGACACUCGUCACAAUGCACUACCUAGUUACGAGAUUCAAAUGGAAAUUGUGCUGCAAAGACGAUGUUUUUAGCAGGGAUCCAAUGCCAUCACCUUCUCGAGGGCUUCCAAUCCAGCUCGAGCAGAAGAAUAAUCUAUGA